CCUUCACAGUCAUGGCGUCCUCCUGUGCCCCGAGGAGCAACGUGAUCACAUUUUAAAAUGAACAACUUAUUGGUUUAUCUGGACAACCAAUAUCACUAUCAACUAUUUUUUUCUCAUCGUACGUGAAAAAAAGCGUAUUUUCUUGCUGGAUAUCUUAGUUCACAGACAAAGAGCAACACAGACAUGGCUUCAUUUAAACCUACAAAAAUCCAAGUCUAUCCAAAGCUUGGAGAGAAAGUCACACAAGACACACAGUACUGGAAAAACUACAAGGCUCCAGUCCAGAUAAAAGAAUUUGGAGCCAUCACAAACAUAGACUUCUCUCCUGUGCAUCCACAUAAUUUUGCCGUGACAGCAUUCACAAGAAUCCACAUAUACGGGCCGUUCUCCCAGGAGCCCGUCAAGACAUUCACGAGGUUUAAGGAUACAGCGUACUGUGGCAGGUUCAGGUCCGACGGUCAGCUGCUGGUGGCGGGAUGUGAAGACUCUGUUGUCCGGCUGUUUGAUGUCAGCGGCAAGGUGGCGCUCAGGAUGUUCAAAGGGCACACAAAGGCUGUGCACGUAACAGACUUCACCACAGAACGUUACCAGAUCCUCACGGGUUCAGAUGAUUACACCUGUCGACUGUGGGACAUCCCGAAUGCCACCGAGCUCAACAGAUACCAAGAACACACAGAUUACAUUCGCUGCGGUGUCACCAGCAAACUCAACGGCAACCUCUUCUUCACCGGAUCAUAUGACCACACACUUAAGCUGUUUGACGCCAGGGUGGAUAAGAGUGUGAUGACCAUGGACCAUGGCCAGCCUGUGGAGAGUCUCCUUCUCUACCCCUCAGAGGGACUCCUUGUUUCUGCAGGAGGGCGCUACGUGAAGGUGUGGGACCUGCUAAAAGGAGGUCAGCCCCUGGUGUCGCUUAGGAACCAUCACAAAACUGUCACCUCUUUGGCUCUCGGGAGCAACGGACAGAGACUGCUAUCAGCUUCUCUGGACAGGCACGUUAAGGUGUACAGCACAACCAACUACAAAGUGGUCCACAACUUUGACUACGCUGCUUCCAUCCUCAGUCUGGCUCUGGCUCCAAACGACGAGUCUAUUGUUGUGGGCAUGACCAACAGUAUUCUGAGCAUCAAACAAAGGAAAAGUCCCGACGAGUCGAAGGACAUGGGCGGCCAGCAGAGGCGGCGGCCAACGUAUCGUGUUUUUGUAAAAGGGAAGAACUACGUCCCUAAGCAGGACGAUUAUCUUGUCAGCAAAUCGGUGAAGCAACAUUUGGCCAAAUAUGACAAGCAGCUCAAAAAAUUUAACGUCUCCAAGGCUUUGGAUGCAGCAUUGGAGACGUGGGUAAGACUGAGAAAGCCAGAGGUCACGGUGGCUGUUAUAAAGGAGCUGGAUCGAAGAGGAACUUUGAACAACGCGCUUGCUGGAAGAGACGAGCAGGGGCUCUCUCAUUUGCUGAGCUUCCUCAUAGGGAAUUUGGUCGACGUCAGGUUCGCUCCUGUCCUCGUAACCGCUGCAGAGAUGAUCCUGGACAUCUAUCAGUCGGUUAUCGGACAGUCGCCGGUCGUGGACCGACAGCUGCUCCGUCUGCAGGAGCUCCUGGAGAGGGAGAUCGACUACCAGAAGGAACUCCUGGAGGUGCUGGGCAUGUUGGACACAAUGUUCGCCUCCUCCCUGCCCAGGAAGGAGGUGCCGUGCUCUGGCGUCAGCAGGUCAAAUGGCCUGGCUCAGGCGGCGGAAGCCGGCGCAUCGAGGCCUGAGCUCCAGGUCACCUGAGACUCGUAGGAAGUCUGCAACUGCUUUAGACUGGGUUAAGAGUACCUUUACAACUCUAAAACCUCUUUUGAAGACAUCAGACAUACAUUUCCUGACGUGGCGGGCUGCUUGUCAUAGACUUCACCAAGAAAACAUUUUGGAGCCAGUUUAAGUGGCUGAUAAUCUCACUCUGACCUUUGACCUCAGUGUGAGUUACAAGAGAACAUGCAUUUACUCUAUGGAGAGUACUAUCUCUGUGUGGAUGUACAGCAACACCUUGAUUUUUACUUGGAGUCUUUUCUAUUGUAAAUGUGAGUGACUGUUUGAACGAGUCCACUGUGAUUGUCUGCUUUGUGUUUUCAUCAUACCUGACACUGUUUUAUAAGCAGAUUAAAUAAAAAUAAAAACAUUUGUCAUAUUAAAA